AUGUUAUUAGCCAUUGCAACACUAAUAAUCGUACCAUUCCUUACAUUCUUUCUUUCCACGACUCUUUUCUAUCGAAAAACGAAGAACAAAUUUCCCGGGCAAACUCCCCCGACGACGCCCUACUUUGUACCUGGAGUCUUCCAUGCAUUUAGUCUAGCAUAUUUUGGACCACAGAAGUACUUUGCUGCCUUGAUUGACCAAUAUGGCAAUUUCGCCCCGUUCGUUGUCAAGGCAGGACUUGGAUCUUUCCUCGUCCUCCGAGAUCCCAAACAAGCUGAGAGGGUACUACAGGCUAGUAAUCAACUGACUACACGUAAAUCCAAUCUUCACAUUCAUGAGAGGCUGUUCGGCUCUCCGAAAGAAAUUUUGAAAUUCUAUGCAGGCAAAGGCAGCAAUGGGAACGAAGCUGGAUUAGUCGAACUUGUACAUUCGGCCUUGCCCCGGAAGUACUUGAUGGGCACAUCGCUUGCGCCACUUAUUGACACCUAUGUCUCCAUCCUGUCUCGUAAUCUCAACGAGAAGAUGUUCCAAGUCGGAUUCUGGACGCAAAUCGAAGACUUCUGGUCAUUCCUCCAGCAAGUUAUCGCCCGCUGCACUAUUGAGACGUUGUUUGGGAGAGAGAUCAUCAAGCAGUACCCUAGCAUUGUCAAAGACUACUUGACAUUUGCUGAUGCCGCUGCUAGCUUUGUGCCGGGCAUGCCGCGUUUCCUAGCUUCAGCUACAUACGAGGGGCCUCGCGACCGGUUGCAUGAGGGCAUCGCGAAGUGGCUCAAAGCGACCCAUAGCGGAUCUGAGUUCGCAAAGAUUGACGAAGAGGAUCCAGUCUGGGACGAAGACAAGGGUUCGAAGUUUAUCCAGGAAAGAGAUGACGUGUUUGCGAAAACUGAAGGUGUGGAUCUGAAGGGCCGAGCUGCAGAGGUCUUAAGUGUCAUGCAUGGGUCCAAUUCGAGCUUGCUUCCGUCUGCUUUCUGGACGCUUGUCGAAGUUCUGCGCAAACCUCAGCUUGGUAAGCAUAUCGCAGCUGAGAUCAGCCAACAUUAUUCACCACAGGCCGGAGAGUACGAUGUUGCAAGUAUUACAGAAACUCCAUUCAUACAGUCCGUCCAAACCGAGGUCAGGCGCUUACGUGUGCCAACCGUUGCAACUCGCACAAACGAAGUCGACAACUUCCAGCUAGAUGAGCAGUGGACACUCCCAAGAGGCAUGACAGUGAUGCUCUUCUCACAUGACAUAUCCUUGCACACUAAAUUCUGGGCGAAAGCGCGACCCCGGACCGUCGAGAGACCUCUUGAGGAAUUUUGGGCGGAGCGGUUUCUCCUUCCUAAUAGAGCAACAUCAAGUGCGAAAAGCUCGAAGCCGGCCAAGGACAAGAUCGAAGCUGGAAACUUCAGUAUGGAGGGUCUUGAGUCCUUGGAUCUAGUCUUGGGCGGGAACGAUGAUCAGUGUCUGGGGCGUGAUUACAUGAGAGCUGUGCACGCAGCAACUUUAGCCGUCUUCCUGAACGAAUUCGAUCUUCAGUUAUGUGAUACCGACGAAGUUGACGCAGCUAUACCCCCAGUUCGCGAAGACGCAUAUGGCACGGUGAAACCGCUUUAUCCAGUAGCGGUACGGAUACGGAAGCGAAGGAUGGGCUAG